AUGCUGAAUGGACACCCAACUCGAUUUCCUACUCUAAACUCUUAUCUCAAUUUUGUCAAACCAAGUCGCUCAAUCCAGGGAUACAGAUCCCAUACCCACCUGAUCAAACUCGGAUUGGAGAUUGAUCCAAAACACAGGAAUCAUCUCAUCAAUUUAUAUUCAAAGUGUCUAGCUUUUGACUGUGCACGCAAGUUGCUCGAUGAAAGUCCUGAACCAGAUUUAGUUGCUUGGUCCACUUUGAUAUCAGGGUAUGCCCAAAAUGGUCUCGGUAAAGAGGCACUUUUGGCUUUUACAGAGAUGCACUCGUUGGGUAUUAGAUGUAAUGAGUUCACAUUCCCUAGUGUCCUCAAAGCUUGCUCCAUGAAGAAGGAUAUCAUUGGAGGGAAACAGAUACAUGGAGUUGUCAUGGUGACUGGUUUCCAAAAUGAUGUUUUUGUUGCCAAUACAUUGGUUGAUUUAUAUGCAAAAUGUGGUUUACAAGAUAUAACCCAAGGGAGAAAAAUUCAUGGGUAUUUAAUCAAACAUGGGUACACUUCUGAUCCCUUUUCGUCUAAUGCACUUGCUGAUAUGUACUCAAAAGUUGGAGACUUUGAAGAUGCUAAAACAGUCUUUGACCACAUUCCUAACCCUGAUAUAGUCUCCUGGAAUGCAAUCAUUGCUGGUUGUGUUCUUCAUGAAUACUAUAAUUUAUGUUUGGAGUUAUUUUUUAAGAUGAAAAGGUCAGGAAUCACACCGAAUAAGUUUACUUAUUCGAGUGCUCUUAAAGCUUGUUCUGGAUUAGGUCUCCAAGAUUUGGGCCAACAGUUCCAUUCCUUUCUUAUAAAAUCAGAAAUAGAAUUCGAUCUUCAUCUUUGUUGUGGGCUUAUUGAUAUAUAUUCAAAAUGUGGUGAAAUGGAUGAUGCCCAAAGGGUAUAUGAUAUGAUGCCAAAAAAAGAGUUGAUUGCAUUAAACGCUUUGUUAUCUGGACACUCUGAAAACGGAAAUGACAUUGAAGCUUUGACCCUUUUUGCUAAACAUAUGGACAAAAUAGGAUUUGAUGAAACCACUUUAAUUAAAAUCCUCAAAUCUUAG